CCAGCUGACUGACCACGUGACUUUACGGAAGCAACAGUGUCAACAUCAUGCAUGGACCCUGAGCUAUGCCUUGGAAACAAACCAUCAAAAUGUUGCGUUAUUUCACCUUAUUGUUCAUAUUUGGAUGUGUGAGCAAAGUGUUGUGUCUUCAGAGUUCAUGUAGCGCAGAACCUCCAGGCCCGGAAAGAGCGGCGGGCUGCGGUUGUGAUAAGCUGACUAGAGACGCUCCAACUGUGGAUCCCUUGGACGAGGAUGAGGGUAAAGCAGCUUCCACAGAUCCUGAUCUCAAAUACUCCAAAGACGCAAAUGACAGGACGAAUCAGGUGCAGGACAAUGAGCGGGAAACACAAAGUCCGAUGGUGCAGAUUUCUGGAGGGGAGUUCCUGAUGGGAACAGACAACCCAGGCAUCCCCCCAGACGGUGAGGGCCCCCAGAGAAUGGUGUAUGUGGACUCCUUCAACAUAGACAUCCAUGAAGUCACUAAUCAACAGUUUCAGAGCUUCGUCCUUGCGACAGGAUAUGUGACUGAGGCAGAGAAAUUUGGAGACUCGUUUGUUUUUGAGGGACUUUUGAGUGAGCCAGUGAAAAGCCAAGUCACUCAAGCAGUGGCCGCUGCCCCUUGGUGGCUUCCAGUCAAAGGAGCCUCCUGGAGGCACCCUGAGGGCCCAGACUCCAACAUCACAGACAGGCUCCAUCAUCCUGUUUUGCAUGUCUCGUGGAUAGAUGCUGUUGCCUACUGCUCCUGGGCUAACAAGAGACUCCCUACAGAAGCAGAGUGGGAGUAUGCCUGCAGGGGUGGCCUGAAAGACAGACUUUAUCCAUGGGGAAACAAGUUGAACCCUAAAGGACAACACUUUGCUAACCUCUGGCAGGGAGACUUCCCCACACACAACUCUGGAGAAGAUGGGUAUAUCAAAACUUCACCGGUGAUGUCCUUUCCUCCCAAUGCUUUUGGUCUGUACGACAUGGUGGGGAAUGCAUGGGAAUGGACAGCAGACUGGUGGACUGUGCAUCACACCACGGCCCCGCAACGCAACCCAACGGGGCCUCCCUCGGGCAAAGAUAAAGUGAAGAAGGGAGGGUCAUACAUGUGCCACAGGUCUUACUGUUACAGGUAUCGCUGUGCAGCAAGAAGCCAAAAUACACCGGACAGCUCAGCUUCUAAUCUUGGUUUCCGCUGUGUUUCUCAGGGGAAACGAUAAUCUCACCUGCUUGUCUUAAACACACUUUUACUGAAGCUGCAACAACCCGUUGUUGACUAUGCAGGAAGGACAUGCAACCUGUGAUCUGUGAUCUCAUUGCCAAACAUCUGAAUAUGAUGGACAGUAAAUCUUCUCUACUAUGAUAUAUGUUCACAGUAUUCUCACUUUUUAUAGUUUUUCAGAUGUUUUCAUAAGAAAUGAAUGGAAAAGCUUUCUCUGGCCACCUUUGAGCACUGGUGGGAAAAAUAUUAAUAAUUCAAGUUACUGUACCUUUCACUGGAACAGAUUAGUGUGUUUUUUUUUUUAUUGUUGCCAUUAUCAGCUAAAAGCUGGUUCUGCUGAAAGUAAAUCUUAAUGUACAGAAAAUGACUUUGCUGUAAAAUCAUUAUAGAAACUUGUACUUUUUUUGCUCAAAAUCACUGUUUCAUAUAUUUCCAUUAUAAAGUUGUUGUAAUAAAGCAGUAUUUCCUC